UUGGCUGUGGUAGAGGGGGUUGUUGGGAUAGCCCUCUGGCAGCCAUCUUUCAAUUGUGUUUGCAGCCAAAGCUGAUCUCGUCUUGCUUAGAGAGCUUUCAGGAAGGUCUCCCAAGAGAGGAGUGAAGGAAAAUGGCCCGUACAAAGCAAACUGCACGUAAAUCUACAGGUGGAAAGGCGCCCAGGAAGCAGCUGGCAACCAAAGCUGCCCGCAAAAGCGCCCCUUCUACUGGAGGAGUCAAGAAACCUCAUCGCUAUAGGCCAGGUACUGUGGCUCUUCGUGAAAUCCGGCGUUACCAGAAGUCUACUGAGCUUUUGAUCCGCAAACUGCCCUUCCAGCGCCUGGUUCGCGAGAUUGCUCAGGACUUCAAAACUGAUCUGCGUUUCCAAAGCGCUGCUAUUGGUGCUUUACAGGAGGCAAGUGAGGCAUACCUGGUUGGCCUGUUCGAAGACACUAAUCUGUGUGCUAUUCACGCCAAACGUGUCACAAUCAUGCCAAAAGACAUCCAGCUAGCACGUCGUAUCCGUGGGGAGCGUGCUUAAGCUCCUACCAUCACGUGAAAUCUUCUCACUCAACAAUACACGCAUCUAUUCUUCCUGUCACUUGGUAGUAUUAAUGUUAGAUUUAUUUCCAUCAAGAGAUUUAAAGUGGUAUUGGAAAAAAAUGAAAGAGUUGGAGUGGUAAUGGUAAUUGGCUUUUAUUUCCAUUUACAUUUGUGUGUGAAUUUAAUAUGGAAUAUACAAUCAAAGCAUUACAAGUUUGGCAAAAAAACAUAUGUAUGUCAACAAUAGUGUCAAAAAUUGAACUUUGAAAAAAAACCAUUUUAAAACAGCCAGGUGCAUUUUCUGGAUUAUACCAGCAUCGGGGAAUUUUUUAAUUUUUUUUUUUAAUACAGCUACAAAGUUUCUUAUCUGUAACAAUGGAAUGGUGUUUGUAACAUUUUUAUCAUGCGAAUAGAUUCCAUCCAUUCACUAUACCUUUUCUAACAAAGUUGUACUACACACAAAUGUUUUAAGCGUCGUCUGUCUGUGCUGUUCCUGUAAGUUUGCUAUUAAAAUGCAUUAAACCUUAAA